GGCAUUAGCAGCGGCGCCGGCUCAGCGUGCGGACGUGCCUCUAGCCUUGUUGUUUCUCCAGCGGCGGCAGUUCUCACUACAGCGCCAGGACGAGUCCGGUUCGCGUGCGACCGCGGAGAUCUCUCUCAUCUCGCUCGGCUGCGGGAAAUCGGGCUGAAGCGACUGAGUCCGCGAUGGAGAAAACUUUAGAAACUGUUCCUUUGGAGAGGAAAAAGAGAGAAAAGGAACAGUUCCGUAAACUCUUUAUUGGUGGCUUGAGCUUUGAAACCACAGAAGAAAGUUUGAGGAACUACUAUGAGCAAUGGGGGAAACUUACAGACUGUGUGGUAAUGAGAGAUCCUGCAAGCAAAAGAUCAAGAGGAUUUGGUUUUGUAACUUUUUCAUCCAUGGCUGAGGUUGAUGCCGCCAUGGCUGCAAGACCUCAUUCAAUUGAUGGAAGAGUGGUUGAGCCAAAACGUGCUGUUGCAAGAGAGGUGAGCAUAGCAUAACUUCGUGCAAUAAAUGUGAAGAAAAUUUUUUUCUGUGGUCAUGAAUUGACUCCCCCUCCCCCCCCCCCAUCCCAUAGAGAUUACUUUGAAGAAUAUGGAAAAAUUGAUACCAUUGAGAUAAUUACUGAUAGGCAGUCUGGAAAGAAGAGAGGCUUUGGAUUUGUUACUUUUGAUGACCAUGAUCCUGUGGAUAAGAUUGUGUUGCAGAAAUACCAUACCAUCAAUGGUCAUAAUGCAGAAGUAAGAAAGGCUUUGUCUAGACAAGAAAUGCAGGAAGUUCAAAAUUCUACAAGUGGAAGAGGAGGCAACUUUGGUUUUGGAGACUCUCGAGGUGGUGGUGGAAAUUUUGGACCAGGACCAGGAAGUAACUUUAGAGGAGGAUCUGAUGGCUAUGGAAGUGGUCGUGGAUUUGGGGAUGGCUAUAAUGGGUAUGGAGGAGGGCCUGGAGGUGGCAAUUUUGGAGGUAGCCCUGGUUAUGGAGGAGGAAGAGGAGGAUAUGGUGGUGGAGGACCUGGAUAUGGCAACCAGGGUGGGGGCUACGGAGGUGGUUAUGACAACUAUGGAGGAGGAAAUUACGGAAGUGGAAAUUACAAUGAUUUUGGAAAUUAUAACCAGCAACCAUCUAACUAUGGUCCAAUGAAGAGUGGAAAUUUUGGUGGUAGCAGGAACAUGGGGGGACCAUAUGGUGGAGGAAACUAUGGUCCUGGAGGAAGUGGAGGAAGUGGGGGCUAUGGAGGGAGAAGCCGAUAUUGAGCUUCUUCCUAUUUGCCAUGGGCUUCACUGUAUAAAUAGGAGAGGAUGAGAGCCCAGAGGUAACAGAACAGCUUCAGGUUAUCGAAUAACAAUGUUAAGGAAACUCUUAUCUCAGUCAUGCAUAAGUAUGCAGUGAUAUGGCAGAAGACACCAGAGCAGAUGCAGAGAGCCAUUUUGUGAAUGGAUUGGAUUAUUUAAUAACAUUACCUUACUGUGGAGGAAGGAUUGUAAAAAAAAAUGCCUUUGAGACAGUUUCUUAGCUUUUUAAUUGUUGUUUAUUUCUAGUGGUCUUUGUAAGAGUGUAGAAGCAUUCCUUCUUUGAUAAUGUUAAAUUUGUAAGUUUCAGGUGACAUGUGAAACCUUUUUUAAGAUUUUUCUCAAAGUUUUGAAAAGCUAUUAGCCAGGAUCAUGGUGUAAUAAGACAUAACGUUUUUCCUUUAAAAAAAUUUAAGUGCGUGUGUAGAGUUAAGAAGCUGUUGUACAUUUAUGAUUUAAUAAAAUAAUUCUAAAGGAAA